AUGAGGACAGUCCUCGUUGUUCUUCUGGCCUACGCUGUGGUACAGGUGAGGAAAAUUUUCUCGAGAGAAAUACACGUGAUUACUUCAGUUCAAUUUUAUGCUUAUUAUGUGUUCUUUGUUGGUGGGGGUGGUAGUAUAGGGGGAAACGGAGCAUUAUCUCCUAUGCAUGGUCCUCGAAUAGAAACAUGGAUCGAUAUUCGAUCAGACCAAUAA